CCCAGGGAUGAACCCGAAGUUUACUCCGUCAGAACAAGCCCCAAAGUAGAAACUGAAAGUAGACCGCUGGCCGGGCACACGGAAGUCACGGAAAAAGCAAGCGAAGCCCAGAACCCGCUGGUGGAGUGCACCGCCCCCCCGGGAUGGAUGAAGCGGCGGGCGCGGCGUGGGUGAGACAAGCCAGCUGUAGAGCCCGUCUGGCCCAGUGCACACUCCUGUGAACCUCGGCGGAGGAGGAGGCGGAGACGGAGGCAGGCGGCCACCAUGGGCCAUGAGACUCUGCUGCCGCCAACAUGACCGCAACCGGCUCCUGCAGCGCACGCAGACCAUGUUCCAUGUUUUUUUUAGGUCUAUCUUUGGAAUUCCUUCACUGAUCCUUGUUCUGUUGCCAGCAACUUCUUCUGAUUGUGAGAUUAAAGAUAAAAAUAAUACAAUAGAAGAGUAUAUGAAUGUCUUAUUUGUCAACAUUCAACAUUUGGAGAAAAUGACAGAUACUGCUAGCAAUUGCUCGAAUAAAGAAUAUAGCUCAUUAAAAAAUCACACAUGUGAUGAUAAUAAGGAAGUUAUGUUUAUAGUUCAUGUGACAUGUAAGUUGAAGCAACUUGUGAAGGCUAAUAUCAGUGAGAACUUUAAUGGUUACUUAGAAGCGUAUUCACAUCAUGCAUUAGAGAUGCUGAAGGGAUGCAAAUGUGAUGAGGAGAAAGAAAAAAAAGCAGAAAGAAAGAUAGGAAGAAUCCAUUUUACUAGUGAAGUCUCCCCCACCAAGAAUACAGUGAGUGGAACAGAGAAAAAGACAGGAGGGCCCUGCUUCAAGAUCCUGCAGCUAUUAGUGUAAUCAAGUUCUCGUGCUGAGACAUGGGGAAUAAUGGUUGAGGCAGAAACUCAGGAAGAAAGCAGAUGUAUUCUUACCACAUGAUCAAGAGCAACCCAUGGGAUAUAGCUGACCAGCUCCCAACCACUCUAGGAAAGAGCUGAGAAUGUUUUCUUCAUCUAUGAUUGAUGACCUCAGGGAAUAUCUCAAGAUGCAGCUGGUAUUCCUUGCAAAUGGCAUUCUUGUAAAGUCUGGUAGCCCAUGUGUACCACCUGUAAAUGUGGUACAGAGGGGAAAGCUAUGUAUGUGUGUAGAUUACUAGACUUUGAAGCAAAGAAGUGGUGUGAGACACUCUGCUAAGAAAUCAAGAAGCUCUGGAUUCUCUAUCAGGCACCUAGAGGUUCUCAUUGGCUGCUGCUGGGUUCCUGUGGCAGAAGACAAGGAGUCUGCUUUCAUUUGCCUGACUGGACUUAGCAGUUUUGUGUAUUCCCCAAGCAUCUUAGUAGCACCUGACACUUUCUAAAGAUUAAUGAAAUAAUUAGAGAUAUAAAUUAGAUGCAAAGAUCACAUAAAAUUGAAGCUGUAGUGGCAACUAAAGAAGGAGUAAAGGCUAAAUGUAACACCAAGAUCAAUUCCCCAACAGAUAAAUGGUCAAAGCAAAUGAAUAGGCAUUCAUGUCAUUGGGAAGACCGUAGAAGAAUACAAGGAGAAACUGAUAAAGGUCUGGGACUGUCUAGAUCAACCUGUCUUAAUGUGGGAUCAGUGAACCUUUUUAUAAGUAUUUUAAAAAUUAUAUUUUAAUACAUUUGGCUUCUUUCAUAUUUCUAUGUAUUUUAUAUGAUGCAUUUUAAAAGUUUAUUCUAGAAGGAAUCCCUUGGUUUCGUCAAACUGCCAAAAGGGUCAAUAACACAAUAAAAGUUAAGAACCAUAGUCUGGAAGAAAAUGGUUUGAAGCUUUCCAUUGACUAGUGCCAAUCUUGCCAUGCUUCUGUCAAAUACAUAGGUCAUACAGCAUCCCAACAAGGUUUGUGAACUGACCUAAGGAAGACAAGCUCUUCUGACUUGACCAGUAAGGAGUUUCUAGGAUUUGGCAGGUGUUUUCACAAUUUUGUUAAGAUGUUGCCAUUGCUAAAUGACUGAAAGACCUCACUUGUGCAUAGAUGACUAAAGAGGCCUUACUAGCAAAUGCGCAGGAAAUGCAAAGUUGUACUAAUACCUGCAAAGCCCUUUGUAGAUGGAUAGACAAAUAGAUAUGAACAAGUUUUUAAAGUCUUGUCCAACUACUUCAUAAUUUAGCGGUGUUGGACUAUACAGAUACUAACAAGCUUU